AUGCUAGAGGAGGUCCCACUCAAAGGGUCGACGGCAGAUGAGCAUGAUCCAGAGUCGUGUCAAGAUUCGGCCAAAGACUUGGGCAAGACUGCGGAAGACACGGCGGCGCAAGGGAUGCAGGGAGGAGAGAAAGACACCCACAUCGUGGCCUGGGAUGGGCCGGACGACCCCAAAAACCCUCGCAACUGGUCCAAGGCGUUCCGGAUGACACAUGUUCUCCUCGUCAGCGCCUUCACCCUGUACUCCAACCUUGCGGCAACCAUGUUCGCACCAGGAGCAGCGUUCCUGAUCGAGGAAUUCCACGUCACCAGCUCCAUCGUGGGGACCAUGACCGUUACCAUCUACCUACUCGGCUUUUCGUUCGGGCCCCUCAUCCUCGCGCCCAUGUCGGAGCUGUACGGCCGCCUCCCCAUCUACCACCUGGCCAACCUCGUCUACAUCGGCUUUACCAUCGGGUGUGCCCUGAGCACGAACAUCACCAUGUUUCUCGUCUUCCGCUUCUUCUGCGGAUCCGCCGCCUCGGCCCCCCUGACGAUCGGCGCCGGAACCGUGGCGGAUGUAAUCCCUGCCAGGGACCGAGGAAAGGCCAUGGCUAUCUAUGGGACGGGGCCUCUCCUAGGACCAGUUGUUGGUCCCAUCGUCGGUGGCUUCGUUGCCGAGUACAUCGGCUGGCGGUGGACGUUCUGGAUCAUUUGCAUCAUGGCUUGUGUCUUUUCCCUCAUCGCCGUCUUCGUUAUGCGUGAGACCAACGAGGAAGUACUGCUCAGCAAGAAAGCAGCCCGCCUCAGAAAAGCCACGGGAGAGGACUUCCGUGCCCGAACAGACAAGGGCCUCACAUCUCGCCAGCUCCUCGGCAGGGCCAUCAUACGCCCUGCCAAGAUGCUCAUCUUCUCGCCCAUCGUCUUCCUGCUAUCCCUCUACGGCGCCUUCGUGUUCGGGCUCAUCUUCCUCCUCUUCGCCACGUUCCCGGACGUCUUCGAGGAGACGUACGGCUUCGGCCCCGGCGUCUCCGGCCUGGCGUACUUGGGCCUGGGCAUCGGCAUGAUCGUCGGCCUCGUGCUCUUCGGCCUGCUGAGCGACAAGAUGAUGAACAAGAAGCGCGGCGGCAACGACGACAACGAUGGCGCCGCCCCCCGCCCCGAGAUGCGCCUCCCGCUGAUGAUUUGGGUGCCUCCGAUCAUUCCCGUCGGCUUCUUCUGGUAUGGCUGGUCAGCCCAGGCGCACACGCACUGGAUCGUCCCGAUCCUCGGCACCUCUCUCAUCGGCCUGGGCUCGUUCUUCAUCGUGAUGCCUGCCCAGACGUACUUUGUCGACAUCUUCGGCGCGCAGGGCGCGGCCUCGGCCCUCGCGGCGAAUAGCGUGGUGAGGAACAUCUCGGGCGCCUUCUUGGGCCUCGCUGCGCCGCCUCUCUAUGCGAAUCUGGGGCUUGGUUGGGGGAACAGUCUUUUGGGAUUCUUGUGCCUCGCGUUCGUCCCCAUACCAUUUCUGUUCUAUCGGUAUGGAGAAUGGCUGAGGGUGCGGUUCGCUGUUGAGCUUUGA